AUGGGAAAAGAAAGUUUAAUGAUCGCCAAGGAGCUUAAGCGCUUGCACUCCAACACCGUUUGGUUUGAGCGGUUUAUGAAGUCUCAUGUUUCUCAUCUACACAAAUCUAACCUCGUCACUGUUCGUGCUGAGUGCCAAAGACAAGAUCUCCCUUACCUCUCCAUGAGGUUGUACGAGGCUGUGCGCAAAGAAAUAUGGUAUCGUCCAGACAUGUUCUUUUACAGGGAUAUGCUUUUCAUGCUUGCAAGAAACAAAAAGGUAGAUGAAACAAAGAAGAUAUGGGAAGAUUUGAAGAAAGAAGGGGUAAUAUUCGAUCAACAUACAUUUGGCGAUCUUGUCAGGGCUUUUCUAGAUGGUGGAUUAUCUUUAGAGGAAAUGCACAUAUAUGAUGAGAUGAGGCACUCUCCUGAUCCUCCUAUGUCUUUACGUUAUCGUGUUAUGUUGAAGGGGUUACUUCCUUACCCCGAAUUGAGAGAAAAAGUGAAGGAUGACUUUCUGGAACUGUUACCAGACACUGUAGUUUAUGAUCCACUUGAAGAUCUAUUUGAUGAGGAGGAAUGGAGAAAGGAGAGCGAUGAUGACUAG